AUGGUUGUGUUUGGACAGGGUGACUACGUGUGGUUUGACAAUAACAGUGGCGUACCCAUUGGAGCUCAGGUCAAGGUUUUGGAAAACGGACAGAGACAACUCGUCGAUGAUGAGGGAAAGGUGCACAAAGUCACAAAGAAGAAGGAGGAGUCCCUUCGACCCAUGCACCCCACCUCUGUGGAAGGCGUUGACGACAUGAUCUGCCUGGGAGACCUCAAUGAGGCCGGCCUGCUCCGGAACCUUCUUGUGCGCCACAGAGGAGGCAUAAUCUACACGUAUACAGGAUCCAUCCUGAUGGCUAUGAACCCUUACCAGCUGCUGCCCAUCUACACGGCAGAACACGUUCACUUAUACCGCAACCGGCGCCUGGGCGAACUCCCACCACAUGUCUUUGCCAUCGCUGACAGCUGCUACUAUAACAUGUACAGGAACCAGCGUGACCAGUGCUGCAUCAUCAGUGGGGAGUCCGGUGCAGGCAAGACAGAGAGCACCAAGCUCAUUCUGCAGUUCCUGGCAGCUGUGAGUGGUCAACAUUCCUGGAUAGAGCAGCAGGUCCUGGAGGCCAACCCCAUCCUGGAGGCCUUUGGCAAUGCAAAGACCAUCCGCAACGACAACUCCAGCCGCUUCGGAAAGUACAUUGACAUCAACUUCAACAAGGCGGGCGCCAUUGAAGGGGCACGUGUGGAGCAGUACCUGCUGGAGAAGUCUCGUGUUUGCCACCAGAUGCCAGAGGAAAGAAACUACCACAUCUUUUAUUGCAUAUUGCUCGGCAUGCCGGCAGAGCAGAAGAAGAUUCUCUCAUUGGGAAGUGCAACAGAGUACAACUAUCUCACCAUGGGCAAUUGUACCAGCUGUGAUGGACGAGACGACACUGCAGACUACAACCACAUCCGCUCAGCCAUGAAGAUCCUCACAUUCAGGGAGAAAGAGACCUGGGAGAUCUUCAAGUUGUUGGCUGCUCUGCUCCACUUGGGUAACAUGAACUUCAAAGGAACUGUCUCAAACAACCUGGAGACCUGUGACAUCCAGGCAUCCCUCCAUUUGAACAUGGCUUCUAACUUGCUGGAGGUGGACACCAGGAAUCUGGAGACCAGCCUGACACAUCGCUCCUUCAUGACCAACAGGGAGCGUGUCACCAAGCCACUAAACUCAGAACAGGCUGCGGACAGCAGGGACGCUUUUGCCAAGGCAAUUUAUGGUCGGCUGUUUGUGUGGAUUGUGGGAAAAAUUAACAGCGCGAUUUACAAGGCCCCUUCGGGCAAUGACAGAAACAGUCACCGGUCCAUCGGAUUGCUGGACAUCUUCGGCUUUGAGAACUUUGACAUAAAUAGCUUCGAGCAACUGUGCAUCAACUUCGCCAACGAGCAGCUGCAGCAGUUCUUUGUCAAGCACAUCUUCAAGCAGGAGCAGGAGGAGUACAUGCUCGAGAACAUUCCCUGGAAGCAUAUGGCGUUCAGUGAUAAUCAGUGCACCUUGGACCUGCUGGCCAUCAAGCCCCUCAACAUGUUGGCCCUCAUCGAUGAGGAGAGCCACUUUCCAAAGGGCAGUGACUCCACAAUGCUGAAUAAGAUGGCCCAGGUGCAUAGAAAAAACAACCUGUUUCUUCCUCCCAAGAGCAGCCAUGACAUGGAAUUUGGGAUCCAGCAUUUCGCAGGGGUCGUCUACUAUGAUGCCACAGAUUUCCUUGAGAAGAACAGAGAUGCCCUGAGCUCAGACCUCAUCAAGCUGGUGGAGACCUCCUCUAACAAGUUUCUUAGGGAGAUCUUCCAAGCUGAGCUCAAUUCCAUUGCACUGAUUGCCAGGCCCAAUGGCAGGAUACUAGUGACUCCUAAAAACUCCCUGCGGCACACACCUGACAUGAAACGACAGACGCCCACCUUGUGUGGCCAGUUCCGUCAGUCCCUGGAGUCCCUGAUGAAGACUCUCUCUGUCUGCCAGCCCUACUUCAUACGCUGCUUCAAACCCAAUGACCACAAGAAGCCCAAGGUUUUUGACCGGGAACUUUGCAUGAGUCAACUGAGAUACUCUGGGAUGACAGAAACCAUUCGAAUACGGAAGAUGGGCUAUCCCAUAAGGCACACCUUCCAGGAGUUUUUGCAGCGCUAUCGGGUGUUACUACGGACCUCCAUCUGUGACCCCAAAACUGAACCAGUUGACAAAUGCUGUGACUGCAUCUGCAAAGCCUACAUCAGAGGAGAAGGUGACUGGAAAAUCGGCAAAACAAAAAUCUUUCUCAAGGAUUUCCAUGAUAGUCUUCUGGAAAUCGAGCGAGACAGGGAGAUCAGGAAAAAAGCCGUUCUUAUCCAGAGAGUGUUGCAGGUCUACAACUUCAGAAAGCAAUUUGUAAACAAGAGGAGGGCUGCACUGGUCUUGCAGAAGCACUGGCGAGGGUACAGCAUCAGGAAACAGUACAGAGUGGUGCAAAUCGGCUUUGAACGCCUGCAGGCCAGGGUCCGAGCCCGGCAGCUUCAGUUGCAAUAUGAUAAAAAACGGGCAGCUGCCAUUGUGCUGCAGGCCCGGAUUCGAGGAUAUGUGAACAGAAAGGACUGGAAAAGCAAGCGAGAGGCAGCAGUGGUCCUGCAAGCCCACAUCAGGGGGUUAUUGGCCAGGAAAGCUGUCACCAAGAUAAGGAAAAAUGUGAGUUCCUGUGGGGGAUCUUUCUUGACAAGAUUAUUCCUUAAAAAGCACAGUCGUAUGUCAGCCAUAGCUUAUUCCAUUAAGUAUUCUAAAUACUCUCAAGAACGUGAAGCUCAGGAGCAAGCUGCCAUGGAGCUCCAGCGGAAACUGGAGGAGGUCCUCCGCCAGAGCCAAAAGGAGGAAGAAAACUCCAAGUCUGAAACCAUCAGUGAAGAGAAAAUGCUGGAGAACAUUUUUAGGUUCCUGCCCCCUAAUGUAGGUGGCCAGGAGGGUUCGGCUCCAGAGGAAUCCGAGGACCGAGAAGGCUCGAGAAUCAUGCCCGAGGAGAUAAAUUUAGAUGAGAUCCCAACAGUAGAAGAAACUCCAAAGGAGGAAGUCUGUGAAGCUGAUGACGAAUACUCCUUUGCCAAAUUUGCUUCCGCUUACUUCCAAGGGUCGGCCACACACUCCCAUAUCCGCCAGCGACUGCGUAACCCCCUGCUGCCGCAUGAAGAUGAAGGAGAUGCCCUGGCCUGCCUGACUAUUUGGUGGCUCAUCCUGAGGUUCAUGGGAGAUAUCCCUGAGCCCAAGCAGGCGCAAGAUAAGGUCCCGUCUGCGGCAGAUCAGUCCAUUCAACAGAAUCUGGGCCAGAGGCAGGGUCGGCGCCUCAGCAGUCUGGUUGGCCUUGAUCAUAAACUGCUGAGAGGGAAAAAGAAGGGUGGAUUCCGAGACCGAAGACCUUCAGCAAUCCCAGAAGAGAACCCUUCAAAGCCCGUGGAAACAGUGAGGGAAGAGGAAGAGGUCUUUAUUGGAGAAGGGCCCACCUUACAUCGACCAAUGUCUUCCCUUGAAAAACUCCACAUCAUAGUGGGAUAUGCUAUUGUUAGAAAAAAUAUAAGGGAUGAGAUUUACUGCCAGAUUUGCAAACAGUUGGUAGGGAAUGACAACCCAAAAAGUGUCCAUCGAGGCUGGGUUCUCCUGUUCAUCUGCCUUGGCAUCUUCACCCCAUCUGAACGUUUCACUGAGUACUUACAAAGCUUCAUCCGUUCUGGUCCUGCUGGCCAUUCCCAGUACUGUCUGGAAAGGCUGCGACGAACUCUUACUAAUGGAAAUCGAUCUGAACCGCCUUGCUGGAGAGAGCUACAGGCAGCAGAGAACAAGAAACCCAUGGUGUUGUCUGUGACACUCACGGAUGGACAGAGCAUCAACUUAACCAUGGAUUCAGCCACCAACUCUGCAGAAAUUUGCCAAGAAAUUGCACAGAAUUUCAACCUGAAAGACACCUUUGGAUUCUCAGUUUACGUUAGUCUUUAUGAAAAGCUGUGGUCACUGGGUUCUGGCAAGCAACACGUUAUGGAUGCCAUCUCACAGUGUGAGCAGGAGGUGAAGAGGAGAGGUGAGGAGGAGCAGCAUGCACCUUGGCGCCUCUACUUUCGCAAGGAGAUCUUUACGCCCUGGCACGACUGCAGUCAGGACCCCAUCAGCACCAACCUCAUCUAUAAGCAGAUCAUCCACGGUCUGAAGCAAGGAGAAUACCAGUCAGACAAGGAGGAUGAUUAUAUCCAGCUUGCAGCGAAACACUUCUAUGUGCAGUUUGGAGCAGAUGCCAGUGACGAGAAUGCAAAGAAAGUGGUUCAGGAAUGUAUGAACAUCACUUUAAUUGAAACCAAGUCACAGGCUAAAUUGGCUCAGCACAUUAAGACAGAAUAUCUUAAGGGUCCUUACAUAAAGUCAAACAGGAGUGCAGACACCGUGAAGGCAGAAGUUGUAGAUUAUGCUCACCUGAAGUGGUCUAUGUCCUUCUCCAAAUUUUUUGAAGUUGAAAAAUCUUCAGGUCCAGAUUUACUCAAAGACAAGAUGUUUGCCACUGUUAAUUGUUCUGGGAUCUCUUUCCGGGAUGACAAAGAGGUGCUCCAGGAAUUCCCUUUCCCUGAAAUUACUGGGGUUGACAUGAUAAGCGAUGGCAAUGCGGCCGUACAGUUCCUCUCACUGACCACGCUGAAGGGAAACAUCACUCUCUGCUCCUCCUCUGUGGAGGAAAUGGGGCAGCUGGUGGGGAUGUUUCUGGAAGGACUUAAAGAGCGAUCUCACUACGCUGUAGCAUUGCAGGACUCCAGCAGACAAGAUGACCCCACAUUUCUCAGUGUCAAGAAAGGAGAUAUGCUUUUCCUCAUCAAAGACAGUGAGAAUUUGCAUAACCGCGGCUGGAUUAAGGGGAAAAAUGAACGGACUGGCCUAACAGGGGCCAUCUCAGUGGAUGCCAUCUUGAUCCUGCCAAUCCUUAACAAGCCAACCAAUGAGCUUCUGAGCUUGCUGAACCUGCCUUCAGAGAAAAAGAAUUCCGUUGUGCAGACCACCCAGGGAGGAGAAACUACCGUGGACCGAGUGGCACCUGUCUCGCUAAAAGAGUUCUCCUUUGAAUACUUUAGACAACCUGGCAAGGACCGGAGUAAAGGUGGAGCUAAGGAGAAGCUCUGGGCCUGCUCCCAGGAACCCCUCAGGCAACCACUGCUAAAGAGACUAGAGGGCAACUCAGAGCUUUGCCAGCAGGCCUGCCUAUGCUUCACUGCUAUUCUGAAAUACAUGGGGGAUUACCCCACCAAGCUUGUCCGCAGUCCCCUGGAACUAACGGACCAGAUCUUUGGCCCUGCCAUGCAGAAUGAGGACCUCAGAGAUGAAGUCUUCUGUCAGAUCAUGAGGCAGAUGACAAACAACCACAACAGGAUGAGCAUGAACAAUGGCUGGCAGCUCCUGUGGCUCUGCUGUGGCCUCUUCCCCCCAAGCCAGGCCCUGCUUCGCUACACAUUGCGGUUCCUGGAGACCCGGCCCCGUGAGCCACUGGCAUCUGAGUGCCUCAAGAGGAUGAAGGGAAUGAUGAGAAUGGAGCCCCGGAAACGGGCCCCUCACCAAGUGGAGGUUGAUGCCAUCCAGCAGAAUAGCACCCAGAUCUUCCACAAAGUCCACUUCCCAAAUGAAACGGAGGAGAUCUUUGAAGUGACCACCACCACCAGGAUACGGGACCUCUGCCGCAACAUUGCUGCUAAACUCUUACUGGCGUCGGCUGAUGGCUUUAGCCUCUUUGUGAAAACCACUGACAGGGUUCAGAGCUUGAAUGACACAGAUUACUUCUUCGAUAGUCUAAAGCAAAUCACUGACAACCCAAAGAAAUCCAAAAAGCCCAAAGAUGGAAUUCCAACCAACAUGCCCUAUCUCGUAUUCUUCAUGCGAAAGCUCUGGUUUAACGUGAUCCCAGGGAGAGACCUGCAGGCUGACUUCACAUUCCACUUUCCACAGGAGCUGCCCAAAUACCUGCGUGGGUACCAUAAGUGUUCCAAGGAGGACAUGGUGAACUUGGCGGGCUUCCUAUUCAGAGUGAAGGUGGACACAGACAGGUCACAGUUUGUAAUGAUCCCCAAAAUGUUGAAGGACCUGGUGCCUGCUGACCAGAUGAGGAUCAUGUCUGCUGAAGAGUGGAAAAAGCACAUAAUUAAUGCUUACAACAAGCAAGCCGGGAUGAGUGUGGAUGAAUCAAAAGUGGAAUUUCUCAGAGCUAUCUGCCGGUGGCCCACAUUUGGUUGUGCUUUCUUUGAAGUGAAGCAAACAUCUGAGCCCAGUUUCCCCAGUAUCAUAAUGAUUGCAAUCAGUAAACAAGGAGUCCUCUUCAUCCACCCCAAAACCAAGGAGGUUCUGGCAACACACCCCUUUAACCGCAUUACAAACUGGUUCAGCGGCAGCACCUACUUUCACAUAACCAUUGGAAAUCUGGUCAAUGGCAGCACAAUCCUCUGUGAGACUUCCUUGGGCUACAAAAUAGAUGACUUGUUGCAGUCCUACAUCAACAUGUACCACAACGAGAGGACAGUUCUUCCCAGAAAUAAUUUCUUCUCCUCCUGA